AUGAACGCCGGUGGUUUGGAUGGCUUCAAGGCCUUGUCUGGUCUUGGAUUCUUGGGUCUUUGGAUCCACCGUCCUGGCUUCUGUGCGCCGUCGACACCAGUCCCUCGUCUUUCACUUCUUCGACGAAUCAUUCACAGCGAGCUUCGAUCAACGACACAACCGCCCAACAUGGAUCGUCCCGUCUCAGACCCCGAGAAGGCAGGCUUCGAGCACAGUGACCACAUCAGAACCAGCUCCAUCAACGACUCCCAUGAUCUCGACAUUGACCAUGGCUUCACUGCUGAGGAGCAGCGCAAGAUCAUUCGCCGAGUCGACCGAAGACUCGUCGUCACUGUCGGUGCCAUGUACUGCGUGUCAUUGAUGGAUCGUACCAACUUGUCUGCGGCCGCCAUUGCAGGCAUGACCAAGGAAUUGGGUCUCUAUCUCGACAACCGAUACAGCAUUGCUUCCCUCCUCUUCUUCAUUCCGUACAUUAUCUUCCAGCCGCCCUCGACCAUCAUUGUUCGCAAGAUUGGACCUCGUCUUCACCUUGGUGGACUUACCCUCUUGUGGGGUGCUGUGAUGAUCGGUAUGGGUUUCUCAGCAAAGUACACACACUUGUAUGCAUGCAGAAUUCUCCUGGGUGUUCUCGAGGCCGGAUUCUUCCCCAGUUGUGUCUACCUUCUCAGCACAUGGUACACCAGAUAUGAGGUCGGAAAGCGAUACUCCGUCUUCUACCUUCUCGGCUGCGUCGCUUCCGCCUUCUCCGGUAUUCUCGCUUUCGGUCUGAUGCAGCUCAACGGCCAACAGGGCCUGACUGGAUGGCGCUGGAUCUUCAUCAUCGAAGGUGCUCUCACCUGCGUGCUCGGCCUCGCAGGCUACUGGCUCCUCGUCGACUUCCCCGACUCCAAGAAGCGCAAGGACUGGAACUUCCUCGGCGAGCGUGAGCGCGCCUGGAUCGUCGCGCGCGUGAACCGUGAUCGCGGUGACGCCCACAUUCCCGCCUUCAACCUCAAGAGAUUCCUCGGUGCCGGCGCCGACUGGAGAAUCUGGGCCUACGCCAUGAUCUUCUUCAACACCACCACCGUCUCGUACGCGCUUGCAUACUUCUUGCCCAUCAUUCUGCAGGUCAAUAUGGGCUUCGACGUUGGUGCCGCGCAAUGCCUCGUCGCGCCGCCUUAUGCCUUUGCCGGUAUCGUCAUGUUCGCGACCGCGUGGUUGGGUGAUAGAAUGAAGUUCCGUGGUCCCGUCAUUCUCAUCAACAUGCUCUUCUGCAUCGUUGGUCUUCCCAUCAUGGGUUUCCACUCCAGCGCGGCGGUGCGCUACUUUGGCGUCUUCCUGACCACGGCCGGUGCCAACUCCAACGUCCCUGCUGUGAUGGCGUACCAGGCAAACAACAUCCGUGGCCAGUGGAAGCGAGCUUUCUGCAGUGCGACACUUGUCUCGUUCGGUGGUAUCGGAGGUAUUGCCGGUAGCUUGCUCUUCCGUGAGCAGGACAAGCCUCACUACCGCCCGGGCAUGUACGCCUGCAUUGCGUGCAGCUUGUUGACGUGCAUUUUGGUCAGCUUGUUGACUGUCGACGCCUACUUCAAGAACAAGAAGGCCGACAGGGGCGAGAAGGAGCUUGAGGCUGAUGAUGAGGGUGCUCAGCCUGGUUUCCGCUAUACCUACUAA